CUCGGGCUGUUCCCAGAGCGGGAUUCCUUCGGGAGCUAACUCUAAAGACGGCUGCGGGAAUGGGAACGGGAUCCCAGCUGGAGGUGGGAUCUGUGGCAGAUCAGUCCUUAUCCCCGAAGGUUAUUUAUGUCACUCUCCGAGUUUCCAGGGAAUUACCUCACCUGGGAAUAUUCCAUACUAAGGAUAAUCAAGAAAAGGGUCACCUGUGUCCUGCCCCCGUUACAUGAGCGCACACUUGAGUUGUUCAAAAACGCCCCUGGAAGGAGUGAGCCCUGUACGGGGAAAACUGGGAUAUUCCUGCCGGAUCCCUCCCCUGCGCGCCCGGGCCGAGGGAAUCCCAUAACCGGAACCCGCCAAACUACAACUCCCGGCGUGCCCCGCGGCCGGCGCGUGGCGUGACGCCACCUCUCCGCGCCCGCUGUCUCCAUGGCGACGCCGGCGCAUCCCGGCGUCGCUCCCAUGGGAACGUCCCGCAUGGCGUCCCGGGAACCGCGGGAACUGGGGAGGAAAGACCACGCGCUCCCCCCGGCACCGCUGUCCCCAGUCCCUCCCUGUGAGGGAAUGCCGGCUCUGCAGUGCCGGGAACACCCUGUGAUGCUCCCUCGGGAAAGGAAAUCCCGGCUCCCGUGUCCCAGGAAUUCCAGGUGGGUGACCUGGUUUCAGGGCUGGGCGAAAUAAAAGCCGGGAGAGUUUCCCGAGCCAGGAACUGCCAUCCCCGUCCAAGCUCGCUGGGAAAACUGGAAACAGUUCCACACUGGAUCCAAAUUAACCCCAGGGGUUUUUCCCUUUUCCAGGCAGGACAACAUGGAGCCUUUUUCUCUCUCUGAGCUCGGGCUCCCAACAGAAAACAAAGCUAUCCAGGGAAUUCUCUGCCCCAUGGCUGUCGAACUCUGCCACCUCCUCCUCGCCCUGCAACGGGAAGAUGGGAUUUGUCCGGCCUUUCCCACUUUGGGGGAAAAGGCAGGAGAAUUAGCCAAAGCUAUGGAAGAACUUGCUGCUGUGGCAAGGAGGUGAGGUGGGUGGGAGUCUCCUGGGUGGAUUUGGGGGCUGGGAAGAGGUGGAAAAGGUGGCAGGGAACCUACAUCCUCCUGGAGAGGUGGGAUUGGGAGUGGGGAAUAGUGCUGAGCCCAGUCCUUCCAUUCCAGGCUGUCCGAGGAUUCUGGCCAGGAAGGGAGCACGGAGAUGUGUCCUGUGGGUGAAUCCCUGCUCCAGGCUGGGAGGGACGUGGUGCUGGCAGCAUUCCAGCUCCAGGAGCAUCCGGACAGCCCUCGGCACCGAGAGCACCUGGCAGCAGCCGCCAGGAGGACUCUGAUGGAGACAGCAAAGGUGAGGGGACACCGGGAGAGGACACCAGCAGGGGGAAGCUCCAGCAGAUCCAUGGAGCAAACCACACCUCCUCCCCCCUCCAGGGAUGGAAAGGGAAUGGGAAUUCCUGACCUGAGCGUCUUUUCUGCCUGGUUUCCUGUUUAGAUCCUUCAGCUGGAAGAGGCUGCAGGGAUGAGGAGGAUCAGUGGUGCUGCCAGCUGGCUCCUGGAAUGCCUGAGCGUGCUGCGGGAUGCCCGGGACACUCCAGGACUGCUGGCUGCAUUCCAGGCCUUUUCUGAGGCCGUGCUCCUGCUGAGCCGCCUAACGGCCAAGCGCCUCCAGGAACUCGGAGACUGUCCUGGAGGGAAGAGCUUGGCCCAGACCCUGCAGCUGCUCCACAAGUGCGUCUCGCUCAUCCACACAGCCCUGACACAUUCCAGGGAUAGCCAAGCUGACCUCUCCCAAGAUUCUGUUUUCCAGCUGACGGAGAGGACCAUCAGGGAGCUCCUCUCCCUGCUCACGGAGCCCCAGGACAGGAGUGGGAUCUUCUCCCAGCAGGUGAGCAGGCUCCAGGCUCUCCUCUCCCACUCUGACCCCCUGCGCCUCUCCGAGGGUGGGUUCAGCUCCCACUUGGAAGCGGUCAUUCUCCACGGAAUGCUGCUGGCAGAGUCAUCCAGGCUGGAUCUGCAGCUGGAGCUGGUGGAACAUUGCUGGACCCUGCUGCAGCUGAGGAGGAGCAUCUGCAGCCACAUGAGCCAGAGGGAGGGCCAGGGAGAACACGGACUGGAGCGGGAAUGUCACCGCUUGAGGGAGGAGCUGAAAAACCUGGACCGGGCAGCGCUCAGGGCCACACUGUGCCAAAUCCUGGAUGGAUUCUUCCAGGAGAAGGAGCCCCUGAGGCAGCUGGUGGAAGGUGCCCUUAGCCUUGCCCAUUCAGGAUGUUGUCCAGCAGGACCAGGAGGAAUUUUAAGGAAGCUCCAGCCCCUCAUUGCCACCUUCUUCGCUCAGGCCCAGCGGAUACUCCGAGCGGCCGAUCUGCUCCUGGCCAGGUGUGCCAAGGCCCAAACUGCCAGGGAAAUCCGGGAGGGCAUGGAGCACCUGCGGAGCCUCCUGGCCAGCCUUCCUUCCCUGCUCAUGGAAACAAGUGGGAAUACUGUGGAACAGCUCCAGGCCCUGAGCUGUGCCUGGGCCAGAGCCACCAACAGCCUCCUGCGCUGCUUUGAGGAGACCAUUGGCAUGAGGGAAUUCCUCGAGUUAUCCAUCCUGGAGCUGGCCAAGCAAAAGGAAUGGUGCGAAGCAGCACAGGAACGUUGGGAUCCCGAGGGAUUCUCCUGGCACACUGCUCGCCUCAUGGGCUGGGCACGCUGGGUAGUAGGAGCCUCCACCCGGCACGUGGACAGGACCACGGAUCCCAUCUUCAGGAAUGGUUUGCUGGUGUGGGUGGAGCAAUUGGCCAAAUCCAUCCUGGAGCUGGGAGCAGUCACGGCCCUCAUUCCAGGAAGGUUUUCCUGCCUCCAAAGCCGAGAUGCUUUUUCCCAGGCAGCCAGCUCCCUGAUGGACUCUGCUCUCCGUGUCCAAGCCGGGCUGGACGGGUCCAACCACCCGGAGAUCCUCAGCCCGCUCCGGGAGCAAGUGCGGAGCACCAAGGUGGAAAAGGGGCUGGAGCUCAGCCCAUCCCACACCGGGACACGAACCAGGACGGAUGAGGCAGCAUUCCAAGGAGAUAUCCAAAAUCAUCCAUCUUCACCACCAGCUAACCUCCACCUGGAUCCAUGGAAAGGGGAUACACACCCUGUCAUCACUGCUCUCCUGGGAGCAUCCCAGGCCGGUGACAUGGACGCUGUCCAUGCUGCUUGCUCCGUCCUGCUGGAGCUCUCCGAUGGCUAUGUGGAAGCAGCACGGGAAGCGCUGCCUGUGGCUGAACCCCCACAGCUCCAGGUGCUGGAGCAGCACUGGGAUAUCAAGGCACUAACCCCAAGGAUCAUCAGUCUGGCCACGGAAACGGCCCCUGGGCAGCUCCCCGCUCCAGGCAGGCUUCUCCAAAUGGCACUCAGGCUCUCGGGAAGGAUCCAGGAGACUCAGGAGUGCCUGGUAGCUGUGGCAGGCUCUUGGAAUGGUCUAGCCCAGCAAGUGCUUGGAUUUAUCCUGUCAGGUGACUUUCCAAGAGGGAAGCAGGCUUUGGAUGAGACCCUGCUGGGUUUAGCGGGAGCAGUGCAGGUGGCAGGAGACAUUGCAAGCACAGCCUGCAGUAGGGAAAAUCCCAAUCCCUCUCAUGUCCAGGAGAGCUUUCUGCAGCUCCAAGCCAAGUUCUCCCGUGCUCAGCUGAACACCAAAGGGUUCCUGCAGAAGGCACUGUCCUUCAGGGAAUCCUGUGGGAUGGAAAAGGCCAUCCUGGAGCUGCACGGUGUCCGGUGGGCCAUUGGCAUGUGUGUCCUGCUGGAUGCCAUGGAUCAGUUUGUGGGCAGGGAUGUCCUGUUCCUGAGGGAGCUGAGCAGAGCCGUGAGGAACAAGGUUGGCCCACGGAGCCUCAUGGCUGCUGUGGCUGAGAAUUCCCUCAGGUUACAGGAGGCUGCCCGGCUCUCCUACUUAUCCUGCCCUGGGGACCACGGUGCCAGAGAAAUCCUGGUGCUCCGGGAGGAGAUCCAGGUGCUCAUGGAAGCGCUGCUGGAUGUGUCCAACACCCUCCUGCUCUCUCCACUGCCUACUGCCAGCCUGGCCAUCCGCUUCGAGCUCCUGCAGAGGGACGUGGCCCUCAGGGCCAAGGCGUUGUUGCUCCACAUGGAAAGGGUCAACAAGGAACAGCUGCAGCUCAUCCAAGACGUGGUUGGAGCAGCUCUGUCCAACCUCACCCAAGAGGAGAGGGAGAGGAACAAAGAAGGAUUUGAGGAGAAGGCAAAUCAGCUCAUGGCUGAUGUCCAGAGGGUCAGAAACACCCUCCAGGGUGCUCUGGAGGCUGGUGCUCAACUUACAUUGCAGCCUGACCUGCUAUCCAUGGCUGACCACCUCCUGCUCCUCACGGCUGAUGUCAUGGGAAGUGCCCAGCGGCACUUCCAGAGCCACCAGGACACUGGGGAUCCCUGCCAGGACCCUGGGGAUCCCCACCUGGAAGGCAUGGUGUGGUACUGGUCAGCCAAGGCACACUACCUUGUCACACAGCUCCGGGUCAUCCAUGGAACCGACAGGGACAUCCUGCAGUGCCUCACAGAAUGCCUGCAGCAGGAAUGCUCCCCAGGAUCACCCAGCAGCACAGCUGGACUCUCCCCAGCCCCAGAGCCCAUGGAGGCAGCAGGAAUUCAUCCAUGCAGGAGCAGAGGAGAGAGUGGAGCAGUGCGGGAAGUGCUUGAACUGAAACAUCCAGGUGGAGGAGAGCACUCGGCAUCGCUGCGCCCACACAUUCCAGGUUUGGAAUCUGCUCCAUUACUGCCUCGACAGCACCAGGAUGGCCCUUCCAGCAUCUCCCCUGCAAAGCAGGAGAGAGGAAACUGUGACAAGUGGCAAGGAAGGGCCCCAUUGCGGUAG